AUGGGGACCAGAGAUGUUGAUCUUUUGUUACAGAAAUUGACACUUGAAGAAAAAGUGUCUCUGUUGUCUGGUGUUGAUAUGUGGCACGUUCCACCUAUUCCAAGGUUGGGUAUAGGCUCUAUUAAGACAACUGAUGGACCAUCUGGAGCACGCGGCAAGUUCAUCGUCGAUGGCCCCAAAGCUGCAUUUAUGCCCGGUCCAGUAUGCCAAGGAGCUACAUGGUCCCGAGAUCGAAUUUACAAGCUGGGUCGCCUGCUGUGUCGUGAAGCUAAAAGCAAAUCUGCCCAUGUCCUUCUUGCUCCCACAAUUUGUUGUGCCAGAAACCCUUUGGGUGGGCGCAAUUUCGAGUGCUUUGGCGAAGACCCAUUUCUGAGCGGAAAGCUUGCGCAAAACUACGUCAAUGGUGUACAGGAAACCGGCGAGGUUGCAGCGACUGCGAAACACUUCGUUGCAAAUGAGCAAGAAUACCUCCGAUUCAGUAUUGAUGCUCAGAUCUCCGAGGAGGCACUGCGAGAAAUCUAUCUCCGUCCAUUUGAGAUGAUUGUCAGGAUGGCAUCGCCGCCUCACUGUUUGAUGACAUCUUAUAAUAAAGUGAAUGGCCAACACAUGGACAGUAAUACACCCAUAAUCAAGAAUAUUCUCCGGGAUGAAUGGGGUUAUAAAGGUUUGUUAAUGAGCGAUUGGGGUGGAACAAACUCAACCGUUGAAAGUCUACUCGCUGGUCUUGACCUAGAAAUGCCAGGCCCGCCCGAAAAGCGCGGGAAACGAUUAUUGCAGGCCCUUAGGUCUACCCCAAGUGACGAUAUCUUGGUGGCAGUCAACAACUCAGUCCGACGGAUCUUGCUGUUAGCUGAGAAGUUUCACUUGCUGGGCUUGAGUUCGGAUCAGGUAGAUCAGACACGAGAUAGCCCAGAAGUAUCCUCUACGGCCCCUGAGGACAUACAACUAAUGCGAGAGAUUGCCGCUACCGGGAUCGUUUUGCUCAAGAAUACACAGCAAGCACUGCCUCUAAAAGCCGAGGACAUCCACGGAAAACAGAUUGCUUUCGUGGGACCGAAUGCUUUGAAUGGAUCUCCGGGUGGUGGUGGCUCGGCAAGCAUGAAUCCUCAGUAUCUCAGUCAACCAAUGCAGUCUUUCCAAACUGUUACUGCUGAGCGCGAUAUCAAUGUGACUGUCAAGUAUGCUCUUGGUGCAUACUCACAAAAAUGGCUGCCAUUGCUCUCCAAUCAACAGUGGGGGACAAAUUCGUCUGCGAAUUCAGACAGUAAAUCUCUUGUUCGUGUUGAAUUCUUCGCUACAAAUAAUCUCACGGGACCUGUGAUCGAGAUACAAUACCGUGAUAGCUCCAACAUCGAUAUUUCUGACACCUGUCCUCUUGAUUUCCAAGUUGAUCCUGUCCCGCCUUAUUCCUAUCGCGUUACAUCAACUUUGGUUCCUACAAAUACUGGAGAACAUUCAUUCAGCUUAAGCAGUGUUGGAGGAUCAAGGUUGUUGAUAGAUGGACAGCUGGUUAUCGAUAACUCACGCUGGACAGAGGCUGGGGAGACUUUCUAUGCAUUUGGAAGCGAGGAGGUCUGGGCUACUAAACCUCUGAUUGCUGGAGAAUCUUACACGGUGCAUGUGGAAGCUUGGGCCAACACCAGCGGAGAAUCACUUACUGAAUCCACGGCUGGCACAAAUCAUGUAUUUGCUGCUCAUCUUUCUGUUCGCAUCGGAUACCUCCAGCAGAUCCCAAGUCCCGAGGAGCUCAUUUCUGAGGCGAUUACACUAGCAGAUGAGAGCGCAGUAACUAUAGUUGUUUUGGGUCUCAACGAAGAGUGGGAAAGUGAAGGGUAUGAUCGAAAGAAUAUGGCUUUGCCAGGAAGUCAGGACAAAUUGGUCGAAGCUCUCAUCUCGAGUGUGCAAAGACCUCAAAGCCUCAUAUUCGUCAAUCAGUCAGGAUCGCCUGUGGAGCUUCCAUGGAUUGAAAAUGCAUCAACCUUUCUCCAAGCCUGGUAUGGAGGCCAGGAAGCUGGAAAUGCUCUGGCUGAUGUCUUACUUGGGAAUAUAAACCCCUCCGGUAGACUUCCAGUCACUUGGCCAAGGCGUUAUACAGACCUUCCCUUUUAUUGGAAUCAGGAAACAUGGCCAGGCAUUUCUGAAAUUGUCAAAUAUGAAGAAGCUACCGAAGUUGGCUACAGAUGGUACAUGAAUCACCCGGACGUGCCGCCUCUUUGGUGGUUGGGGUAUGGACUGAGCUAUACUUCGUUCUCAAGCACAUUUACUAGUGUUUGCGAUAUGGGGGAUUACUGGUCAGUCAGUGUACAGAUCAAAAACACAGGCGCGAUUGAGGGCGAGGAAGUAGUGCAGAUUUACAGCUGCCCGGUGGGCCAGACAAGGAAGACUAUCCUCGUUGGUUUCGAAAGAACGCCACUGUUAGAGCCGAGCCAAGACAUCACUAUUGGUGUUCCGGUUCAAAAACGGGAUGCUGCCCACUGGAUGGCUGGUAAAUGGGUCUUGGACGAGGGCAGGUACGUCUUUGGUCUUGGGAACGGGGUCAAAGAAGCGAUGAGUACAAUUAUAGAAGUUGAUGUUAGGAGCCGCUGUUGGUUGCCCUGGGAGUAG